AUGAAGAAGCUCCCACCAGGGAAGCAGAGCCGGGUGCUGCACCGCGUGCUGAACGCACGGCAGUUUGCCCUCAAGCUUAUCGCCAACGUCACCUACGGGUACACUGCAGCGUCGUUCUCUAAGGCUGAGCUGAUGCUACCACCCUCCCACCCUGGCCCACCCCUUGCCUGCUUGCACACGCCCUUCCCCCACCACCACCAGGUGCGCCCUGGUGUGCUGCCGCGGCUGUUGAAGGAGAUUUUGGCAACACGAGUGAUGGUGAAGAAGGCAAUGAAGAAGCUCCCUCCAGGGAAGCAGAGCCGGGUGCUGCACCGCGUGCUGAACGCACGGCAGUUUGCCCUCAAGCUCAUCGCCAACGUGCGCCCAGGCGUGCUGCCGCGGCUGCUGAAGGAAAUUCUCGCAACGCGAGUGAUGGUGAAGAAGGCGAUGAAGAAACUGCCUCCAGGGAGGAGCAAGAACACACGAGUGCUUCACCGCGUGCUGAACGCACGGCAGUUUGCCCUCAAGCUCAUCGCCAAUGUCACCUACGGGUACACCGCGGCAUCGUUCUCCGGCCGCAUGCCCAUGGCUGAGCUGGCAGACAGCAUCGUCCAGGCGGGGCGAACAACUCUGGAGAGGGCGAUUGCUCUGGUGAACAGCCACCCAUCUUGGAACGCUCGGGUGGUCUAUGGUGACACCGACAGCAUGUUCGUUCUCUUGGAAGGUCGCACGCGAGAGCAGGCCUUCACCAUCGGGAAUGAGAUCGUUACAGCGGUAACCACGCUCUCCCCAGCACCGGUGGCUCUGAAGCUAGAGAAGGUGUACCACCCGUGCGUGCUGCAGACCAAGAAGCGAUACGUGGGCCUCGCCUACGAAUCCCCUGCUGCCACGUGUCCCCCUGUGUUUGACGCCAAGGGGAUUGAGACGGUCAGAAGGGACGGGUGCCCUGCCGUGAGCAAGCUGCUGGAGAAGUCUCUCAAAAUUCUGUUCUCCACCAACGAUCUAUCCAGAGUGCGAUCCUACCUAGUGAGGCAGUGGCAGCGCAUGCUACAAGGCAGAGUAUCCCUUCAAGACUUCAUAUUCGCACAGGAGGUUCGCCUGGGCACCUACAGCACCAACCCCCGCGCGCUGCUCCCCCCCGCGGCCAUCGUAGCCACCAAAGCCAUGCAGAGAGACCCCCGUGCCGAGCCUAAAUACAAGGAGAGGGUUCAGUAUGUGAUUGUGUGCGGUGACCCUGGGUCCAGACUGGUUGAUUUGGUGGUGGAGCCUCGGGCGGUGGUAGAUUCGCAGUGUCUCCGGCUGAAUGUGGGGUAUUAUAUCACGAGGAAGGAAGGUGAAGGAGGUCAAGCAGGGGAGCUAGGGCAGGUGCCAGCGCUGGUGCUGACAAUGAGAGCUGCCCUUCUGGAGAAAGAAUACCGCCAUCUUUCAGCGAUCUGCUUUGACUGUGGUGCAUUUCCUGCUGUCUCUGGAACAAGCCAAGAGCUAUGUGACCUCUUAUCGGAGGCAUUUAAGCAUCGCGUUAUCGGGGACAGCAAUCAUGCAGGCUUUUCACGUUGCUGGGAGACUCUUCAGGACGCAAUGACAGAAACAUCGCGAUCGUACGGCCAGAUGAUGGCCACGUUAACGAAAGGCAAUCGUAGGCGUUCAUUCGCUCCGUCGGUCACGCUAGGACGAUGCCGAUUAUCGAAGCACGCACUAACGAGUCGCAUGCGUCGCGAGCUCGCCGUGUUCUGGUCGCUAGUCUUCGCGACCGUUACAACAGCUGGUUACCACACCAUACUCGCGACGGCCGCUAGUCCUGGGCUGUGGGAGCUGGUGUCACUAAAGCGCGUGUUAGCAGAAUCAUCCCCUGGCGCCCUUUCCGCUUACAGUGACACCGAGGAUCCGUGCAGUGGGGCGUGGGGCGACAGAGUAACAUGCAACGAGGCGGGUCAGAUCAUCACACUGAACUUCACAGCGGAGGGGCUGACAGGGCCCUUACCAGGCAAGGAGCUGUCAAGAUUUCGCACUCUACAAACCCUUAAUUUUGGGCAGAACAGUUUCACGGGGAAGAUUCCCCCGGAAAUGGCAUCACUAACCUCCCUAACCUAUCUGUCUCUGGCGUUUAACAACCUCACAGGCAAAGUCCCCUCAUGGCUAGGUCUCUCCUUCCUCAACCUCGUCGAGCUGCACCUGAGCAACAACCUGCUGGAGAAACCUCUACCUGAGAGCAUAGGCGGCCUUCAGGUGUUGCGAACAAUGAGUCUUGCGUUCAACUCCCUCACCGGCACCAUCCCAGCGUCUAUCGGGUCAAUGAGGAGCCUGCAGGCACUUGACCUUCAGAGCAACCAACUCUCAGGAUCCAUACCGAAAGAAAUUGGGCAGGACACCACUCUCACUCUCUUAUCUCUCAACAGCAACCUCCUUUCGGGGCCAAUCACGCCUUCUCUCGGCAAGCUGCCUCUUCUUCGUAACUUGACUCUCUCCAACAACCGUCUAGAAGGCCCCAUUCCAGAGUCCCUUCAAUACCUGCCCCUCCUCGCUCACCUUGACACGAGCCAUAACACAGGGAUCAACGGGUCUAUACCAGGAUCGCUGGCUGUCUUGACCACACUCCAGACACU